ACGGGAACACACCAUCCCUGGAACACGGAAUCUGGCUGGGAACGGAAGAACGGGAAUGCAUUGGGACGAAAAAACUGAGGAGAAUAAAUAUUACCUGCCAUCUGUUGGUCUUCCUCACUCAUCUGUCAUCCACUGUCACUUUUUCUUUUGCUUUUUCUGAGGAGAACUUCUUCAGAGCCUCCAGUGAAAACACAUACAUAUAGAGAUAUAUCUAUAACAAUCCUAUACAUAUAUCAAUAUACAGUAUGCCUGUUUUCAUAAACAGCGUAUGGGGGACAGAACUGAGCAGAAAGAAGACACUUUGAUUGUGAAAACAAAGGUGUCAGGAGGACUAAAGAACAACAGAUAUUCCUUUGAGAAAACAGAACAGUGUAAAACACUGAGAAUGACUUGUGGAAUACCUCCGAACUGUAGUGUGAGGCAUCUAUUCCUCGCUGGUAUCACACAAUGUUCGGUGGGACAAAGAUCAUGGAUAAGGCUUGAUUCCAACAGUGUCAUUUCUUCAGGCUUCUAAAUUGGAAUUCUACCAAGUGUUGUUUUUUUCUUCUCGGGCCACGAAACAGUUUGUCUCAGGGUGAGAUCCUCAAAUCUGGAGUCUUUCCAAAGGGGAGGAAUCUUGCUCACUCUCGCUCUCUCCCUGUAGUGAUGACAACGGCGAGCACGUUGUGUGCUGAAGUGGCGUGGAAAGCUCUCCGUCCCGUUCGCUGAUGAGGGCUGCUUUCCCUGUAUCAGCUUGCCGUUCUUUUAGGAGCUGGACAACAAGUCAGCAUUAAACCUGCUCUAAACUUGGAGACAGAACUCUUUGCUCAGCAAACUUGCAUUAACUAAACUCCACCGGUUUAAUAGUCCCCAGUGGCACUGUUGCGUUCUGGGAUACGCAUUGUGGGAUUACUCAAAGAGGAUCAUGGGUGCCUCACACCUGUUUGUGAAUGUGUUGGCUGCCGUUUUACUGUUGAGCGUUUACGUUUGUUACGGUCAAAAAUCCAACACUGCCAGCACAGCUGUGCAAGCCAGCAAUCGGACGGCUGCCCCGUCUGGUGCCCCGGAGGUCACACUUGCGACUCCGGGGUCAGACGCAGAUGAAAUCCCAUCAGCCGGGAGCCGCUGUUGGGGUUACUACGACGUAAUGGGCCAAUGGGAUCCUCCGUUUAACUGUAACGCGGGAAUCUACCUGUUCUGCUGUGGUUCCUGCUACUAUCGAUUUUGCUGCCAGUUCAAGGUUCACAGUCUGGACCAGACGUCUUGUUCCAAUUACGACACGCCGGUGUGGGCCAACACCGGCAAGCCGGCAGCUCCGGUGACCGACGUCCAGGAGGAACCGGAUCGAGACCGCACUCACAUGAUCGUGUACAUAAUAUGUGGAGUGGUGGCCAUCAUGGUGCUGGUUGGGAUCUUCACCAAACUGGGCCUGGAAAAAAGUCAAGGAGGACAGACGGACAUGACAAACUCCAGGGCCUUGACGGAACUGCUGAAGCAGCCAGGCGAGCCUGGAGGUGUGGACAGAGGAGGAGGCCACCACCCUAUCGGAUCCAACGGCAUCUCUGGCAGGUCAAUGCGCACCAACAACGAGCAUAACCACCUGAAUAACGUCACGCUUCCUCCUUUGAGUCCUGCUAUGGCUUUGUCCCAGCCUCACAACAACCUGGGCUUCAACAAAUACUCCUCUCUCAAGACCAUGGAUACGACAGCAAGGGAUUACUACCCCAAGAGCUACCCCAUGAUGGACUACGCACACCGCCAAUCCUCGCCUGCAACCUUCCAACCCAUUGCUUUCCACCCGAAAGAUAAACCCUUUCUUCCCCCUCCGGACAUCCAUACUCCUUUGGCCAUCACCAUUACGUCGGCCCAAGUCCCCAAACCCAAGAUCUCCAAGACUAACACCCACCCACUCACUUCGAGCUCGGCCUUCAAAGCUUGGGACCCCAACAAGAGCCAUGUCCAACAUCAGGUCCCCCUCAUGAUGCAGCCACAACCACCAUUGUCCCAGCCAAACAGUCGGCGCCAGGCCUUCUCUAACAAGCGGCAGUUUAGCAUUGAGACUCUUCCAGAGUUGUUCACUCAGCCUCUGGGGUACGGACAGUCUCCGCACCUCCACCCGAAACACAAGGGACUGCCUACGAAUAGCAAAACGGAAGUGACGGUCUGAGGGGAAAGCCUGGGAAGGAUGCAAAGACAAGAAAGCAUGAUUUUGAUGAGACAACCGGGUAUGAAAGCUUCUACACAUGUGCUUCAGUUAUAUUUAUAGUAUAUUUCGUCCCUGCAUUCGUUUUUUUGACUAGAUUUAUAUUCACCGUACUAUGAUACAAAGAACUGAAGGGGAAAACGUUGCAUGGUCUAGAUUCCGAUUCUUGAUAGGCCUUGAAUCCCUGGAGAUCCUACCUCCCCUCUCAAAUUCUGGUCUGUUGAUGUCUCUUGUGGCCCAGACAAAUAGCAAAGGUCAGGAGCUUUGCACCUCAGGAGCCUUCACACUCUUCUGGACAAGGCCACUGUGCUGUCAGCUUCCAUCAGCCAAGAGCUGCCACACAGUGAGACAUUAUUUCGACAAUUCUAGACCACUGAGAACAAAGAACAGCGAGGAAGCAUACGGAAGAGGACAGUGAAGAAACCAAGGUGUCCCGUGAGAGGGAAAGAGAGUUUCAAGUGUUUGGAUGUCCAAGGGUUUGUUAUUUCAGACAACAAAUAAGGGUCUAGGUGAAAUUGGCAAAGUCCAAUGUCCCUAGGACUCUAUACCUCAACACCUUCAUCAGAGCAUGCAUUCCAGCACUUGUCCAGGAAGCGAACCGCCAACAUCACUUCAAGUCAUAGCUAUUCUGGCUGCUUCUAUUUCGAACACUUGUUCGUGACACAGCACAGGUAAAGACAAGGUCAAUAAGCAAGUCUCUAUUACAGACAGACCUCGAGAGAGACAUUUCAGGGGACAACAGUCGCCCGCAGAGAUGAGGUGACGGAGGAGCACACAAAUCCGGCAAUGUCAUAAGUAGCACUGCCAAAACAAGUUUGCUAAAUUGACCCAUGUGUAUUCUUUGCAAUAUCCGUCAAACAGCCUGCUUCCUUUCAAUACUUCUGAAUGUAAAUAUUUUUAUCCUUCUGGUGAAAGCAAGACCCAACCUAUUAGACCAAUGAUUUGGUGGCAAAAUCUAGCAUGUAGCAGCAAAACCUACACCCUAUUGUAGCAUCCUAAUGCACAAGGCAUGGGAAACCAUUGAAUCUGGUGGUGGGCUUCAGUUUUAAAGUGAAUACCUGAGAGUUUAGGUGUCUCAAGACUUGCUCGAGAGACCAAGUAAAAUGGUAGCAAUACUAGGCCUAUCCGUCCUCUCCUGCCUGGGGCCAAAUGACUGAUGGACACAGCUGUCAAACUCUCUCUCUCUGCUGUUCCAAGCUGUUUCCAGCCAGACGUUUGGCUGUCACACUGCCACAGAACACCAGGGGGCGCUGUAAUUGAUGACGGCAUGCUUCUAAUACAGCAGAUCCAAAAUAUGUUCUCCCAUGCUGCCCGUAGACUCGUUUUCUUUUUAGUCUGUCAUCAUUUUUCAUCCACAAUGGAUCCGAAUGGAGAUUUAUGGUUUUUGCUUAAAGACAAAAGGCGAGACUGCAAAACAAAGUUUAGAUUUUUUAUGCACCAAUUUAAAAGGGGCCCACAGAGAUGUCUCAUGGUGACCUCUUGCUUCUUUACAUAACAAUAAAGCAUCUGUUUACCAAGCAAACCAUUGUGUCUAAAAAGUAGCACACUUUGUUUGAACAGCCUUGUGAGAUUUUAUGGGCCAAUGACAUCUAAUGUACAAGCCACCUAGGGACUAUAAAAGAGUGUGAAAUGUUCAACGCAACUGCUGCUUGGAAAUAAAACGGCAGUAUUGCAAGAGGCAGAGAAGGAUUAUUGAACUCAGAAGGAGGAGGCAACGGUACAAAGCGUUCCUUUCUGAACACUAGAUUGCAUUAAAGUCUUUGCAGUAUAUGUUAUGGCAGUUGGGCCAGUAAUGAACUAUAAAAAACGACGAAAGAAGCAAGUAGCUCUGUCUCUCUUUAUAUCCUCUCCAGCUUCAUUUUGGAGAUCAUUUCUACUUCUGGACCAACUCCAGAGACAGCGGUUCCAAAAAUAUGACAACAAAUACAGUUACAGCAUGUUCCUGGAUGGCUAUUUUCAACCGUUGAAUUGAUGUGAGGAUGUAUCAACAUGCUCUCAUGGGUCAUCAUCGAGUCAAACUAUCUUGAGCUACAGUAAUGCUUCGGUGGCAAUGGCUCCAGGGUGUCAUUGGGUUUCAGGGGCAAACCCUGGAGGACAAACACGGCUGUCAGACUCUCCUGGCACAGAGAUGUCAAGCGAUGCCAAGGUGAGCCAGCUACACAGCCUGAAAUGGAGCCACUUUGUCGGCCAGGAGGUCAUAAAGUCUGUCUUUGAGGAAUGCUGGAAAAGAGCAGAGUAGAUUUAGCUUUUAACAAAACCACACUGACAAGGUUGUAUCAGCUUAGACCCUCAAUCAAAUGAGGACUAACGUCUGGGAAAAAAAAGUGCUAGACUAAUCAAUUAACUACUGAAUUCCACAGGUUAAGGACUGUAAAGUGAAAUCAAAAGAGGUUGAGAGCAUUCACAUCUGUUACAAAGAAACGGUGUAAAUAUCUGCUUUCGAGUUCCUUCAGUGGUUAUUUUAAACCACCCAAAUAAGCUGAAAGACUGUUGUUUCUGAUUUCUUCUUCUUAAAGCGAAAGUGUUCUACCUGUGAUGUGAAUGCCACCGGGUAGCAUUUUAUCUUUAGCAAUACAAGAUGUACUUUUUACUGUUUAUGUACUAUUUGCAACGUCGUCUUUUUUGUACCGUAAGCGUAAUUGGAAUCAAAGUCGAGCCUGCCGCAGUUGACAACCAUUUGACGGAGAUGAAGUGCUUCCGAAUUUUAUCACCCUUCUCACCUUCCUUACUAACUCUAAAGAUGUCUUGCCAUAUUUGAAGCUUGCGCUAUAUGUAUAAAGCAAUUUUUAAACGACGUAUUAUAACCAAUGCUUGAAUGACAUGUUAGUUGCCAGUCCAGAGACAUGUAAUAUGUAUAUUGGAGAAUCACAUUGUUCCCAUUCGUUUGGUGGCUCCAUUCGUUCGGUGGUACGUUUGACCAAUCUAAUCUUAUGCACUACUCUAAGCUGUACCUUUUGUUUGUGUAUAAUUAGGAUGAAUUCUACUAAGGGCUUUUAAAGAUGUAUGUGCUCUUAACAGGAGUUGCCCCGUGUCGAACAUGAAAUGGGUUAGUUUUUCCCAAUGCAAUGAGCUUCUGUUGGAGCAAAUUUUAGUAUGGUGAGCGAUGCUCUGUCCUGCGUUCAAAGUCGAGGAAUUUUUUUUUGCUUCAACACACUCUUGGUUUGUGUAUUACCAUCCAUUGCAAAGCAAAAAAGAUGUUCCCUCCUUGAGAAACCAGGACUUUUCUUGUUUGAACCCUGAAGAGAUAUGCAAAAACGUGUUAAGGACGUUUGAGAGCUCAUUACAGAAGUGAAAAAAGACGACUGCUCUAAGUUUGAACUUACCAGCAUUAAAGGAAAUCCAAAGCCAGCUACAGCAAUGCAGGUUGAUCCUAAUUAAAAGUCACUGGUUACAUCACUGAUAAAGAGAACGACAGGAAGGCUAAUUAGGCAUGGCUAGUUUUUUUUACAGCAACACUAGCAUUGAGAAAUAUCUCCUGUCACAUAUUGUGUUUUACAUGUUUACUUAUUAUAUACAUGCCUGUUUAUUCAUACAUCAGGGUUAAAAGAGCAAAAAGUUAAAUAUAUAAAUAUUGUGUAAAAAUUUAUGUAUAUGAUGUGAAUAUAAAGCAACACUAGUUCACAGCCUCUCACAAAUACACACACACACACUCUAAAGCUGAGGAUUUGACAUUGUAAACACAGUGUUUUGUCUGUGUAUCUUCCCCAAGGCUUUUCUAGGUGCAGCCAGCUCAUGUUACCCCGUGUCCUAACUAGGUGUGAUGCGACACGUUUCCAUGUAAUUUAUUUGUCCAAAACGGCAUGCAGACAUAGCACUGACAGCCUGGUUUCAGAAUAUUAUUUCCAAAUAGUAUUUUAAAAAAAGAAAAAACAUUGAAGCAAACAAACAGCUCUGAGAUAAAUCAUUCAAUAAACAUGUAAUUUGAAGCAAAACAUUUUAAAUGUUUUAAAACGAGACGAUUAAGGAAGCGAUUAAGUUCUCAUACCAAGAAGCAUUGCAAAUAAUGUAAUAAAAUCAGCAAUCUGCAAACAGCAUACAUAUUAAAGCAUGAAACUUUAAUUACAUCAUUAGCAGGGCUUUGUGUUGUUCUCCAGCAGGAUUUGACUGUGGGCAGGGCUACCCAAAACAGUGCUAUAACAAAAGUCAUGCCUGGUUAGGACACAGUUGUUCACUUGCUUCACUUUUUCUUCUUUUUAUACACAUCUCUAUGUCAUCAGCAUUCAAUCGCGCUGUUUUCCACUCAUCCUAGCUAUCACCUUGAAAUUGACAUACAUUUACACACCUCAUUCAAGAAACCUGCGUAUAUGAGUAAAUUUAGACUAAUUUGUGCAUAACCCUUUUGAAAAAACAACAUAUGCUGGUUUUGAAGCAUGGUAGCUGGUUUAAGCUGAACCAUAGUUGGUCAUGAUCUGGUUUAAGAUGGUCUUGAGCUGGGUAUAAACUGGUCCUGAGCCGGAGAUAGGGCUGGGCAAUAUGGCAAACCUUUAAAUCUCAAACUUUUGACCAUUUUUUUUUCACGAUUUUUAACUAAUCAACUUAAAAGUGUAACUAAAACAUGAUUCAUGCUUCUCCUUUGUUUAUUAUGUGUAAACAGACAUGUUUGAUAGUUGACAUGAGCGUCUUACCUCAGAUCAGCUGUAACAGUCUGACCUCCAUUGUUUCGAUGCCGGAGCAGGGAUGUAAGUUAGACAAGAAUAUCUCUGAUUGAGCGAUUGAGGUGUUGUGUUGCUGGAUGUAAUAAUGAAUGUAGUGGUCGUCAUUUAGCUGAUUUUGGCAAGGUAAUAAGGGUGUUGUUUUACACAACCAUUGAGAAUUUUUAACCAAAAUAUAUUAUAGACUUUUCAUUAAGACCCUAAAGAAUCCUAUCAACUUGUGGAAAAUGGGCAUCCGAUGACCCCUUUAAGACCAUCACAUGACCAGUUUAAACCAGCUUAAACCAGCUGCCAUGCUUCAAAACAUACAUAACCAUCAUAUGCUGUUUUUUUUUUCAACAGGAAAAAAACAGACCUUAGUGAAGAGUAUCCUUCGGAUUCACAAACGCUUCGUAAACAUCAGAUUUGAUCGUUAAACGUGUAUGUUAAUGAAUUCCAACCAUUCGUAAAUAGGGCACGUGCACACUUAUUCACAAUUAGCAUAAUACCUGGCUAUGAAUUACAGUCACAUAAAUUAGUGUGCAGAAACACAGUGGAAUAUUCAGUAAAUUGCAUAAAUGCAAAAAGACUAAUAGGCCAUAUGCCUAACGAUCAAUAUUCAAUUAACGUGUAUCCUCCAAAGUGUUUUUGCUUGGCCUCUUCUAAAAACAGCUGGUGGCAUAUGAGAACACUUUGGUGGCACUGCGAUUUUCCAGAGGUGCUUUGGUUGUUAUGAUUUGGAAUAUCCACAGCAUUAACAUAUUACUUAUCUCAUUUUGAAGAAUAUUACUGAAUAUAAAAAUGCAGUAACCAGUGAUAUUAACAUUUAUAUUGUUGUUCAGUCGUUGUACAGGUAGGAUGGUUGGUGGGUGUAGUUUUUGUCCCGUCCCUCCACUGAUUAGAUGGCUGGGUAAAAAGUGACAGUAGCCAGGUUUUUUAUCCAAAGUUGCGAAUUUAAAUUGGAAUAUCACAUAAAACAUUUGUGAAUAAGCAACGUUUCCAUCUGAGUCAAAGAGAACAAAAUCGUCACUUCCUGAUAAACUGAAACUAAAUAUCACUAAGAAAAGUAGGAGAAGCCAUUGAAUUGAUAAUUGUCAUAUAUGUGACCCUGGACCACAAAACCAGUCUUAAGUCGCUGGGGUAUAUUUGUAGUAAUAGCCAAAAAUACAUUGUAUGGGUCAAAAUUAUUGAUUUUUCUUUUAUGCCAAAAAUCAUUAGGAAAUUAAGUAAAGAUAUUUUGUAAAAUUCCUACUGUAAAUGUAUGAAAACUUAAUUUUUGAUUAGUAAUAUACGAUGUUAAGAACUUUAUUUGAAGAACUUUAAAGGUGAUUUUCUCAAUAUUUAGAUUUUUUUGCACCCUCAGAUUCCUGAUUUUUAAAUGUUUGCAUCUCGGCCAAAUAUUGGCCUAUCCUAACAAACUAUACAUCAAUGAAAUGCUUAUUUAUUCAGCUUUCAUGUGAUGUAUAAAUCUCAAUUUUGAAAAAAUGACCCUUACGACUGGUUUUGUGAUCCAGGGUCACAUAUAAUAAAUUACUUGCGCUUCAGAGCGAGCAGAUAAAACACAGUAAGUAGCGGUCACUGCUUAGCUUUCGGAGGUGGAUGCCAGCUGUUUGGAAACGCAGUCUUGUAAGACAGUUCUGGGAGGCAAAUAUACAGAAUUACUUUGAUAACAGGGCAUUUCAGAAUGACCAUAACAUUUCGGAUGCUGUGCAAUAAGAUCGGUCCGCUGGUUAGUCAUGUUCGCAACCCUUUUUCACAUGAUUCAAAAACCACCUCAAGUGAGAGUAAAAACAUGUUUGCGAAUUAAGGAAUUAUUAUUAUUAUUUACAUCACUCGUUUCUAAUGCAAUACUUCAAAAUGCGCAUAAAGCAGGGUAAUGGAAACAUAGCUAGUGACAAGUGCUGACAGAGCAAACAAACUUGUAAAAUAUUAUGGCAGUGCAUCAAAAUUCAGUGGCAUCAGACUGACAGAAAAAAACAGAAUAUUUUAUGCACAAUUUACUCGUCGUACUAACAUUUUCAUGAAUUCGAAAGUUUACGUCAGAAUUCGAAAGUUUACGUUUCAUGACUGAAGUACUCAAAAAUUAUACUUUAGUAUGCAUACUAAGACGACAUCUUACUUCAUUAACCAGAAAUAUACUCAAGUAAAAAAAAAAAAAAAAAAAAAAAAAAAAAAAGCUUUUUGAGCACCAAAGCACCAAUUAGAAUGAUUUCUGAAGGAUCAUGUGACACUGAAAACUGGAGUAAUGAUGCUGAAAAUUCAGCUUAGCCAUUACAGAAAUAAAUUCAUAAAUAAAUGUUAAAAUAUAUAUUUAAACCAUAAUAUUUCACAAUAUUACUGUUUUUACUGCAUUUUUAUUGCAUUUAUUAAAUAAAUGCAGCCUUCGUGAGCAAAAGAGACUAAAACAAUAAUUUUACCUUUAAUUUUAAUAGUGUGAUUGUACUUAAAAUAUGUUUCCUUAGCUUUUGAAAUAGGUGAAAGGAGACUUUGUUGUUAAAGUAAUUUUGGUGCAAACCAACCUAUUUAACCGCAGUUGUCCUCAAUAUCCAAAACAUAUAAAACUCUAGGACACAUGCUGAACAAUACGCACAACAUGCUGAAACGCUGAAACUGUGCAUUGUGCAAAUUGAACAUGCUGAGUCAAAUUCAUCUUCAUCAAUGUUUAUAAUAUAGACACAUGCUGUGGUGACUGAUGAGAUGUCUCUUCACAAGGAUAAAUGACAAUACUUUGACCAAUUACAGUACAUUUCACAUCUAAAUAGAUUUUAUUGAUUUUUUCUUGAGAUUCUCAGAACGUGAUAUGCAUUUUUAGUUCAGUCAACCAGGCAAAAUUAAAUAUUCUCAGUGAAAGGAUAUAUGAAUGGAGAUGAUGACUCAUUAAAUAGUCUAUACUUUGAACAUCUAAGUGAAAUUGCAACUAGUAAAUUUCCAGAACGCUACUUUACAUAUUUCCAGAACGGACAACAUAUUUCAAUCCUUGACGCCCUUGCCUACAGGAACCCUUGCAGAAACUGAUUUUAAAACCUCAACUACACCAUUGCACACUUUGACAUUUUCACUGAUUAUAAGCCAGAUUUGUUGCAUCACUCGCUCACAAGUGGACCUGAUAUUACUCUAGUCUCUCUCUCCAUGCUUUUCUCUCUCUGUCACUGUCUCGUUUGUGUUUGUUCCUCCAUUUCUCUCUCUCGUCGGGACGGUGGGAGGCGUAAGUCUUAGCUGUCAGUGAUAUCUAAGUUAAUAUGGGUCUCCUGAGGCUGGGGAGAGAGAGAAAUGGAGGAUAAUACAGUACAUGAUGAUGAAGAACUGUGGGUGGAGAGAGGAGAUCUGUCAUCCUAUCCUCUCACUUCCGUGUACUUCUCUUUUGCUUGUCUAAUGCCCCAUUUCCAUAUCUGCCAUGCGUUUUUUUUUUUCUUCCUUAAGUCUGGUUGCACUUUGAGGAGAUGUUGAAUAAUUCAAAGAAAUAAAAUUUACAGGACAGUGAAAGAGGGAGACAGUCAGGGAAACACAGAGCUGUAGAGAGCACAUGAAAGACUGGGGAUUCAAAAGUCAAGCUGAAAUGCACCUGUUUGAGAAGAACCACAGUUUAUAGUCAUGUUAAGUGUGUAAGUUGUACGUUUUUAAAAGAUAUUUAUUGACUGAAAGGUCAAUGUCUGGAAAGGUUCAGUUUGACUCUAAAGGAAUAUCCUAAAUUCAGAACAAGCUAAAGAACCCAUGAUUUUAACAUAUUUUCUGUUGAAAUAUUAAGUUUAGUUUGGACACAUUAAAAUCUCAUCUUCCCCCUUUUUUUAGGCCAAAAAGAAUAAAACAUGAUUUACAACUUGCAAGUUUGGCUUUAGAGGGUGGGAUAUUUUCAUCCUACAAAUCUGAUCAAAAGUGUGUUAAGUUCAGGAUGAGUCAUCAAUUUUUUUUAAUCUUUUUUUUGGAAUAUACUAAAAGAUUCCUUUCUAACCUUCCUUACUAACCUUGUCUAUAUAUCCAAUUAUGUCCACAUUUUCUUGUCAUGAGGUGCCAAUAGACUUGUUUUGAGCUGGAAUAUUUCUUUAAAAUUAACAGAACAUUGACUGCUGAGAUCAUCUAAUUGUAAAAACUACAAUUUCCAUGAUUCAGUGUAGGUAGGAAGAGAUCUGUAAUGUUUUCUGUUAGGCUGGCAUGAGAGCAACCUUAUUCAAUAAAUUAUGAUUAUUAUUAAGAAACUGAUUUUUACUAUAAGCAAUGAAAUGAGUGAACAUAUGGUAGAGCAGAUUUGGUGUUCAUGAUGACAAGGGCGAUGAUGAGGGCAACAGUAAUCAUGCCGAAACAACAGCAAAGAAAAUACCAAUUGUUUCUACGACACUAGUUGUAAUUUCUAAGGAACAUACGGAUACGGUCCAACUGAUUUAAUGGCUUUUUAAGCAUCUGUUUAUAACAGAAACAUUGUUAAGUGUUCUUUGUAUAAACUUGUUUAAAAAAUAAAAGGCAAAGUGAAACACUC